AUGAUGUCUAAUUCUACCACAACACCAGAUAAAUGCUUACAUCCAAUUUUUUCAAGUUUUAGUAACUUUUCCGGGUCUGUAUCUUUUCUAUGUUCUUUAAUUUCGCAAAUUCCACAACUAAUUGAAACUUACAAUGAUAAAACAGUUGAGGGUAUUUCUCCAAUAUUAUUAUUAGGUUGGUUGAUGGGUGAUAUAACUUCAUUAACAGGUGCUAUAAUUACUGGACAGUUGGCUUUUCAAAUUAUGCUAGCUAUAUAUUUUUUAAUAAAUGAUCUUUUCAUUUGUUCACAAUAUUAUUAUUAUGGUAUUCUAUACGAUAAUAAAUUAGCAACAGUUGGUCAUGAGCAUAAAGAUAUUAGUGCGAUUAAUAGUCAUAAUACGCUAGGUAGUGGUCAUAGUACUAGUAAUAACAUUAUCACCACCAGUGCCUCUGCGAAAAAAAAGGGCAAAGGAAAAUUAUUUUUGGGCAUAUUUUCCAGUUUUUUCACUAAAUCGAACGGUAUGCCUAUAUUAAUAGGUGCCUCUAAUAUUACCAAGAAUAAUAGUAAUAAUACUGUCAAGACUAUAGGUCUUAUAUGUUCUUGGUUAGGCGGACUUUUUUAUUUAUCAGCAAGAAUACCACAACUAAUCAAAAAUUAUAGACGUAAAAGUACUGAUGGCUUAUCUCCAUUUUUAUUUAUGAGUACAAUAGUUCAUAACCUUACUUAUACGUUGAGCAUUUUCACUAGUUGUGAGUUUAUUCAAUCUGUAAGUAAAUGUGCGUUUGUAAUGAAUGAAUUACCGUUUAUUUUAGGUAGUGCCGGAACGUUGCUUUUUGAUUUUAUUUAUAUUUACCAACAUUUUGUAUUAUACGCUGAAGAUAAUAGAAUUAGACACGAGGAAGAGGAAGAAGAGGAGGAAAGAUUAUUAAGGCAGGAAUAUGAUAGUAGUGAAAAUACUCCUUUAUUAAAUUGA